GAUUUAGCAUGUAUUCAAAAGUAAAUCUGUGUGUGGUGGCAAAAUCUUCCUCUUGAAUAAUUUAAGGAUGAAAGUACUUUGGAUUUUUCUCAUACUAGCAUGUGUCAGAGGCAAAUCUGCUCAGAGGAUGCAUAGGAACAUUCAGAUAUCUGGGUGCAGUGAAUCAGAUAAACAAUAUUUAAUUGGAAAUGAUGGCGAUGAAGCAGGUUACUCAGAUUUCGAAAAGGAGAAGAUAGUGAUGACACUUCCUGAGUUUGCAGACCCUGUUACAUAUGGAGAAUACGCAUACGCAGCCUCACAACAAGACGUGUGCAAUCAAAUCCUUCAAAUGGCCACACGUAUCACCAAUAACCCAACAGAAGCAGUAGAUCCCCCUCAAAGCUCCAUUUACACCAAGGCUGAUGUGCAGCUGGACACAGAGAACACCCUCAUCUGUCAUGUGACUGGGUUCUUCCCGCCUCCCGUCGCUGUGACCUGGACAAAGAACAACCUGAAUGUGACAGACAGUUCAACGCUCACUCGGUUCUACCCUAAUGAGGACGGCACAUAUAACCAGUUCUCCCACCUGAGGUUCACACCGCAGUCAGGAGACAUCUACAGCUGCACCGUACAGCAUAAGGGACUGGAGACACCCAACACCAAAACAUGGGAGGUGGACGUCUCUGUGCCCAGUGUGGGUCCCUCUGUGUUCUGUGGGGUGGGUCUGGCUGCAGGACUGCUGGGAGUGGCUACUGGAACCUUCUUCCUCAUCAAAGGAAACCAGUGCAACUGACACCACUGAUGUACUGGAGAAGCAGAAGCUCUGAACAGAAAGUGUACAUAGGUCCUGAACUGCACCUCAAAACAUUUGACAUUUAUAAUGAAAGAGUAUAACAGGCAGUUUGAUGGAACCUUGUGGCCCUAGACCAUAUGCCAAAGGUUAGGCCAUUCUGUUUCCUAAAUGAUGUUAUGCUGGCCAGUCAGGUAAAAAGUAUUUUAUAUUUGAUUUUCUUGUUUGUUAAUUCAUAAUAAGGUGUUCUUCCCUGACAUGGACUAUGUGCGUGUUUUUAUUUACUGAAGAAUCAAUAAAGUGUACAGGCAGUAAAUCAA